CGUGCGUGCGCGAGCUGCGGCGGCUGGGAGUGGGGAGCCGGCCGUGCCGCGCCGCCGGUUCGGGGCCAUGAUCCGGAACGGGCACGGGGAGGCAGGCGGCGCCGAGCGGCCGGGUCCAGGGGGCAGGCGCGCCGUGCGGGUGUGGUGCGACGGCUGCUAUGACAUGGUACAUUAUGGCCACUCCAAUCAGCUGCGCCAGGCACGGGCCAUGGGUGACCACCUCAUCGUGGGUGUACACACUGACGAGGAGAUCGCCAAGCACAAGGGGCCCCCGGUGUUCACUCAGGAGGAAAGGUACAAGAUGGUGCAGGCCAUCAAGUGGGUGGACGAAGUGGUGCCAGCAGCCCCCUAUGUCACCACGCUGGAGACGCUGGACAAGUACAGCUGCGACUUCUGCGUCCACGGGAAUGACAUCACGCUGACUGUAGAUGGCCGGGACACCUACGAGGAAGUGAAGCAGGCUGGGAGGUACAGAGAAUGCAAGCGCACCCAGGGGGUGUCCACCACAGACCUUGUUGGCCGCAUGCUGCUCGUGACCAAGGCCCAUCACAGCAGCCAGGAGAUGUCCUCCGAGUACCGGGAGUACGCAGACAGCUUUGGCAAGCUCUCUCACCCGACACCCUCCAGGGAGACACUUUCCUCAGGAGGCUCCUCCCGGUGUCCUGGGGGGCGGAACCCUUGGACGGGGGUGUCCCAGUUUUUACAGACAUCCCAGAAGAUCAUCCAGUUUGCUUCGGGGAAGGAGCCCCAGCCAGGGGAGACGGUCAUUUACGUGGCUGGUGCUUUUGACCUGUUCCACAUCGGGCACGUGGACUUCCUGGAGAAGGUACAUGGCCUGGCGGAGAGGCCCUACGUCAUCGCCGGCUUGCACUUUGACCAGGAGGUCAACCACUACAAGGGGAAGAACUACCCUAUCAUGAACCUGCAUGAGCGGACCCUGAGCGUGCUGGCCUGCCGGUACGUGUCCGAAGUGGUGAUUGGGGCCCCGUACUCGGUCACAGCAGAGCUCCUGGAUCACUUCAAGGUGGACCUGGUGUGUCAUGGGAAGACGGAAAUCGUGCCUGACAAGGAUGGCUCCGACCCAUAUGAGGAGCCCAAAAGAAGGGGUAUUUUCUGUCAGAUCGACAGUGGGAAUGACCUCACCACGGAUCUCAUUGUCCAGCGCAUCAUCAAGAACAGGCUGGAGUACGAGGCCCGGAACCAGAAGAAGGAGGCCAAGGAGCUGGCCUUCCUGGAGGCCAUGAGUCAGCAGGAGGCACGGCCCGAGAGGGAGAGUGACUGUGACUUCUGACCAGAGGGGAGAGGUCGCCAAGGGCCCUCCGAGUGCUGGCCCUGUCCCAGCCCUGCCUCGGGAGCUUGGCUCGGUUUUUAACGAAGCUGCGGUGCCCUCCUUUCCAACCACCCGGCCGUGGAAGGGCUGGUGUGGAGGACACUGCCUUUCACCCUGCCCGUGAGGUGUCCGUCUUGCAGCAGGCCCUCCUGCCCUUCCUGCCGAGCUGCACAGUGAGGGGAUCCAGCACAGUGGAGCAGCCCAACAGGCAGGAUGAGCAGGGGGCACCUUCAACAGAGGGGUGCCACCCUGCAUGCCCGGGAAGGCCCAGUUUCCAUCCUUCCGGCUCCGCUGCUGCUCCCCAUUCUGCCCCCAGGAAGCUCCUGCAGACCCUGGAUGUCCCCCACUGCCCAGCUCGAGGCGGUGGCCUUCCUGCCCGCCCGGCCUCCGUGGGAGCCAGCUUCAGGGAGCAGAGACCCAGGGGCUCGCCCCCUUUCCUCCUCAGAGUGCAGACCAUGCCGCCUCCCACGUGAGCGGCCUCUGCCCUGCAGUGUGUCCCUGAUGCCCCGGAGCCUGACGCCCGGACGCUGCGCCCCCUGCUUCCCGGGCCAGCCUCCCCACAGACUGUUCUCGGUUUUGUACCUGACCAGCUGGUGUGCAACUGAAUAAACCUGCUGGGAGGUGCUCUG